AUGUUAGCUUAACUCAUUACACUUAAUAAUUUAACAUCAGAAUCUAUAAACAUUUCUAAACCUCUUUUUAAAUUAGGUAGAGAUCCAACAAAUGAUAAAUAAUUUACUAACAAUAAAAUAAGUUCUUUCCAUUUAUAAAUUGAAUAUAAGGAAUCUUAAUUUACAAUCCUUGAUAAUUCUAGUAAUGGCACAUUUAUUAACGGAAAAAGAAUUGGUAAAGGCAAUUAAGUAAUUAUCUAAAAUGGAGAUAAUAUACAUAUAUUACCAAUUGAUCGAGUAUAACCAAAUGAAAUUAUAGGAUUUGAAUUUCUUAUAGAUAAUAAGAUCAAAGAUUCCCGAUCAAAUUCUGAUCAAAUUUAAUCUAUAAAUCAUAAUAAAUCUUAAAUUAUCUCUUAAUAAAAUAAAUAGAUUGAUGAAUUGGCAGAUGAACUUCUAUGUAAUAUCUGUAAUGAAUAUUUAUUUGAAGCUGUCACUAUUAAUCCAUGUAAUCAUUAUUUUUGUGGAGCUUGUCUAUCAAAAUGGUUAGAAAAAUAAUAACAAAAUGAUUGUCCAAAUUGUAGAACUAUAAUUAAAUCUAUUAUGAUAGCAAGAAUGAUGAAUAAUUUAGUUGAAAUAUGGUUAAAGAGUAAUCCAUCUUAAAAUAAAAAAAAUUCAUUAAUGUCUAAAGAUAAUCUCAUUUAUUAAAAUCCAAAUUAUUAUCUCAACUUUUAAGAAGAAUAAGCAAAAAAAUAAUAAAAAGAUAUUUCUGAUGAAUACUUAAGUAAUGAUGAUAAUUUUGAUGAUAAUAAUCCUCAUCUCUAAUUUAAUCCAAUAAUAAUUCCUAAUAAUGCCUUCCUCUUUUAAGCAUAACCAAUUUAAAUUUGUAAAAGUUGUAAUGGAUAAGUUUGGAAACAAUAUUAAUGUACUGAUAAUCAAGUUCAUAUUGGAUGUUCAUCAUGUGGUCGAUUAAUGCCUAAAAGAUUACUUAGUAUAUAUAUAUAUAAUAUAAUAGAUGAGGAUGAGAAUGAAUAAUUAUAAAUGAUGUGUUGUAUUUGCAAAGUUUAUGAUUGUAAAUUCUAUUAUGGAGAUUGCAAUAAAGCAAAUUUAAAUAAAUUAAUGUUAGUAAAAGAUAUUCGUGAUUUAGUUUAAAUUCCUCUAAAUUUCAUUAAUAAUGUAGAAUACAUAAGAAUUAUUAAUCAUCUUUAAGGAAAGUAACAUUCUACAAUAUUUGAUUUUAUGUUAGAACACUACAUUAAUAAAGGAGACUUUUACUUUUAAUAAAAUAAAUCAACUUUCAAUUUCCCAUUACAAGAUAUCAAUGUUAAAAUUACACCUAACACUGUAAUACUUAUAUUGUAUUUAAUUAUUAGCCUAUAUGUUGGUAAUGUCAUAGGAAAUUAAUUAAUUUCAUAAUUUUCAGAUAUGUACAAUGUUGGAAAUAUGAUGAAGCUUUAUUCUCAUCACCAGAUUGUUUUUAUGGAAUUAAUUGUAGAACUCAACAUAGAAAUCAAUAUCAUGCAGACAAAUAUAAUCAUGUUUGUGAAUAAACUAAAUUCAAUUGA